GCCCGCAUUAGGUGGACACGGUCCUACCAUUCUACUGCACUCUAAGUCGUGUCGUGCAUCUUGUCAACUAUGCGCAUUCGACUGGCCAACUAGGGAUCUCCAACCAACAUGGACAAGACACCCCAAAGGCGAAGCACCGUCUCGGUGCACUCGACCACCCCUUCGUCAUUGCGACAUUGCUUAUACCCGUCACCCGUCACGGCUCUCCCAGCUGGUAAUGCAUCUCCGAGACACAGCCCGAACUUGAAGAAUAACUCCCAGUCCCCUAAACCUGCCGCGCUCACUCAUGUCAAAAGAAGACUAAAGAUGGACAAUCCGUCGCAAACAAGUAGUGAUAUGUCCUGGCCGUAUGACCCGUCCGUCAUGACCGGAUCUCCCAAGCCGAGUUCGCAAAGUACGAGAUCAAGAACCCCCGAACCCGGAACAACAUCUCUGGUGAACCCUUCCUCCUCUCUACUACAAGACCUGUUGAAAGAGCAACGUGCGACUCGAGGGUCGCGGGGGACAGCGUCAGAGGACAUGGAUGAUAAUGCACCCCCUACGCCCCGCACACCUCGGACACCAGGCCGUUCCCGUUCCAACUCUCAGACUCAAUCCCAGGAAGAGCCGGGCUCUGAAAGGCAGCGAAAAAUCAACAAUGCCCUGGCGGCGGGGCUUAAGCAACCCCGGGAGAUGGGAAUGAGAGAAAUGGAUCAGUAUAUUUCAAAGAUCAAUAAGCAAAACUUUGACCUGAAACUGGAGAUUUUUCACCGUGCUCAGCAAAUGAUGGCAUUGGAAAAGAAACUGGAACGGAUGCUGGAGAUGGAAGAAGAACUCCAGCGCAUGCGAGGUUUGGAGGAUGAGCUACAGGAGUUACGGGAUGCCGAGGAAGACAACCAAAGGCUACGGGAGUCCAACGAGCAACUACGGCAAGAGAUUGAUAAACGAGACCAAGCAGUCACAGAGGCGGUAGAAUUGAUCUGCCAGCUUGAAGCUAGAGUGGAGGAGUUAGAAGCGACUGGGGACGCUUCUAGGCCUUCUACAGCGCGGCCUUCUACACGGGACGGACCAGGCCCAGAUAUCGCAACGCCCAAAACUCCUACGCCUGUCAACAUUCCAGAACGGACAUCCUCCAGAAGAGGCACGAUACUUACUGACCAGUAUCGCCGAAGGUCUUCGGGCACACGUCACCUCAAGAGAGCACCGUCUUUUCUCCAUGACGAGAAUCAAAACGCCGCGGUCCUACGAAGCGUCUACAGUCCUGCUGACGAACAGUCUCGCUCUGAAAUGAGCAUACUAACGAAUUCCGAAAGCCUCCACUCCAUGAACGGGACCGCAGAACCCGAUUCGCCGAGACUCAGUGCACUUAGUGAAUGUAGUGAAUUACACAUGGACGAUAUCACCGGGUCAUACAACGGCUUCGAUGAAAUUGAGAUACCUAUGCGCAAGAGAGAGUCGACAGCGCAGAGCUCGGUACUUUCAUCUCUGACCGGAAAAGAUUGGGAAAGGGAUCAGCUAGGUUUUAGUUCAUGGAACCAGGCGCAGCCAGAUACCGCCUCAGAGGAGACCCCGAGAAAGAAAAAUCGGCCUGCACUGGAUGUUUUCAGAGACACUGAUAAGCCGAGCUUUGAAAGUGUUUCCUAUGCUGAUAGCUCGGCCCAAAAGACGCAGGUUGAUAGUGUUUUUGGGAGCUCAAGGCUACCUCCUACCCCUGACACAAUGAGUACGGCGCAUGCGUUCGGCACAAAUAGGUCCAAUGGCAGCAGUGCGGACAAGAGCCAGCUUGAUCAUAUUGUAGCCCUCAAGCGGGGACUUCGCCGCCCUCGCUCUGCAGACGAGCUAACCACCAGGCGAAGUUCUGGCAAUAGCAGACAAACUGAUGGGACAGAUACUAAUAUCAGCGAGGUCAUGCAUCCGCCGCUCAGCACUGACGAAGGUGACGAGGCACCUGCUAUAUUCCCUUUGAAUUGUGUAUCGUCCAGAACCAGCUACUUGCAGCGCCAUGGAGUAGUUCGUAACUCCAACUUUGGAUACUACGGAAGCGGGGCCUUGUUCAAUGAAGAUGACCUCGAAAACGUUCUCUCUAAGAUAGACGAUAACUACUACUCAACAUCAAGGCGUGCCGAUGCUGAAGAGCCCCUGGAGGAUACGCCCUCGUCAUCGCCACCCCUCACGCCGCAAGAUUGGGUGGAAGCAGCGAAAUCCGACAACCACCAUGGGAAGAGUCGCCCCCUCCCUCCAGCUACUGGCCCGGUCCCUGUUAAGUCUCGACUUGCUAGUGCUAGAGCUCCUAGCCAGUCUUCAUUUCUUGGGCGUCGGCACAGUGUUGACUCGACUGUGCAAGACAUUCCGGCUAUACCAACGCUCGAUCUCAACGCAUUGGAACCCGUUCGUCAGCCCGAGCCAGACCCGGAGCCACGGCGAAGACUUAGUUUUCGACCUCGCUUUUUUGGGCGUUCAACAGCAAACCGUCGUCUCCAACCAUCACCCAUCCCUGAUGGCGCGGAUGAACAUGAUGGAGCACCCUCUCCAGUGAUCCCUAAGGCCAGGCAAAUGGAAUCUUCUAAACCGGCUAGUAUCAACCAAAAUGAUAACAUGUACAAUUCACACGAUAAUGGCCGUCCGUCUGCCCCUACAUAUGCUGAUUCAAAAGGUGACGACAUACACAAAACACUUCCUCACUCGUUUACAGACUCCAAUAUGCUAUCACAUAGUACCGCGAGCAGACCGCCCUCCUCACACGGCAAAGGGCACAAAAGACGGAGCUCACUCGGAAUUUUUGGCUGGAUGAAAGGAGCUGGUGGGUUUGGGUCAUCCAAUAAGAAAUCCGAACUUGACUCCACGAUGUCCAUACAAUCCAAUGGAUCAGUCAAGGACCGAUCAACUUCACGCUUGGUCUAUGAGAUUCCCGUCGUGAACCCUGAGAUCAGGGAAGCUCACUUGGCAUCCAUGAACAUUGCAGUUGAGGACUUCGCGUCUAGUACGAAACGUAUCUCUUGGACCACCGAAGACGAGGCAUGGCGCCCCAGGUACAUCGAUCGUCGUCGUCGAGUUUAAUCAAAUCUUGUGACGUACACGAAAAGCAACAACAAAAAGAAAAAGAAAGAAAAGAAAAACUCAAAACAGCACCGACAAUUUUCUUACCACUAUACGCUCUAUCUUUGUUUCUUUGUUUUAAUGCGUCACGAUACCCCACGAGUUAUAGCCUAACGCAUGGCAUGGAUUGUACCAGUAUUUGCAUGUCUGAGAAGUUAGGAGUCAUCGUCUGGAUUGGAUUUCUUUUGUCAUUUGGUAUCUAGUUGGCACACGAUACCAUCUAUCCUUCCUUUUGCUCUCUUUUCUUUUCAGUCAUUCAUUCAUUCAUUCUUUUCUUUUUCCCUUUUUGAUCUCACCUAAGUCCCUCAUUUUCGAUAUUUUCCUUAUGUUAUAUUUCCUAUAACUGUUUGCAUA